AUGUUUGUGGUGCUACACACAUUACCUACGAAAUUGGCAAUUGUUACUUAUAUUGAAAAAAAUCCUAUAGUUAGCAAGAAAAGUGCUGCAUCACAAUUUAAUAUAACAACAAAGCAAAUACAUGAGUGGAUUCGACUGAAAAGUAAAUUAAAAAAUGCUCUACCUUAUAUCAAACAGUUGAAUAUUGGUACACGUUCAAAGUAUCUGCUUUUAGAAGUUGAUCUCACAAAUUGGAUUAAGGGUUUAUGUUCACAACAUAAAAUAGUUUCUCAACAAAUGAUGGGUGAAGAAAUCAAAAAACUAACAUCUAAAGGUAAAAAACCAGAAGCUCGAAGUAAAGAGAAUAAUUUUAUAUAUACCUAUGUAAAUAAUUUAAAUAAUAAUAAGAGCAUUGUUGACUUAACUUAUAAUGAUAAUGAUGUCAAUAAUGAUGGUGAUAAUGGUAAUAGCAAUGAUAGUGACAAUGGUGAAAGCAGUGAUGAUAAUGAUGGUGGCAGUGAGAACUUGUAUGAGAAUGAAGAUCGAUACAAAAGCAGUUGGAAUAAAGAUGAGGAAAAUGAUAGGAAUGAAGAUGAGAAUGAAGAUGGAAAUAAAAAUAACACUGAUAAUCCAAGUUAUUCAGACAAGUUGAAUGAAGAAGAUACAUAUUACGAAAAUAAAGCAGUUGAGUAUACUAAUUUGUGA